AUGGAUCCGACUCCACCCGAAUCCGAAACCCGACCCGAAUUCACCCCCUCCUCCGCCGAUUCCACCGUACAAUCCAUCAAUCCAGUUGAAUCUAGACCCGAAGCGACGACGCCCUUCGAAUCAGUCCCAUCACGAUCCAAUUCCCUCGACGAAUUAACACACGACCUAACCUCCCUCCACGACCUCUCCACCAGAGGCCAAUACCAAUCAAUCCUCGAAAAAAUCUCCCAAUCAAAAUCCCUCUCCCUCCUCACAUACCCCCACGAGCGCCUCACCUACCUAACCUACCAAAUCAUCUCCCUAAUCAAGCUACGCCGCCUCGACGAAGCCUCCCACGAGCUAAACUCCCUCCACGACCUCGACGGAGAGCAUUACAGGUACGAAACCUUCCCCGAGAUUUACCCUAACCGUAAGGGAUCCAUCGUGCCUUUCUCGUUACGUUGGAUCCACGCUUUGGUUCCGAUUAAGCUAGGAGAUCGCCAGGAAGGGUUAGAUCGGUUGUAUACAUUGCUUGACUUCGUUAGAGAGAGGAUUAAAGUUAAAGAGGCUCAUGAGCUGUGGAGGACAAGAGAGGUUUUUGUGAUGAGUUGUUUGUUAGGGUUUCACUUAGGUCACAAGGAGUUUGGUGUGGCUUUGGAGUUGGUUAAGGAGUUGUUACAGCGUAAACCUUUUGAUCCUGUUUUGGUUUCGAAGCUAGGGUAUGUUCAGUUACAGUUCGGUGAUGUUGAAGGAGCGAAAGCCACGUUCCGUCGUGUUGAGAAGAUGGGGGAUGAGACUCCUCAGUUCAAGAAUCUUGUGGGGAGGAAUAAGGCUUUGGUUCACGUUGUGGAGAAGGACUUUGUCUCUGCUGUGAGAGAGUAUGAAGAGUGUAUUGAGAGGGAUAGCUUUGAUGUUGUGGCGGUUAAUAAUAAGGCGCUUUGUUUGAUGUAUUCGAGAGAUUUGUCUGAUGCGAUUAAGGUGAUGGAGAGUGCGUUGGAGAGAGUUCCGACGGUGGCUUUGGAUGAGAGUUUGGUUGGGAAUUUGUGUAGUAUGUAUGAGUUGGCUUAUGUUAAUCAUGGUGAUGUUAAGAAGACGUUGAAUGAUUGGAUCGCACGUGUUGCUCCUGAUGACUUUGAUUCUUCUUGUACCAGAGUUUAAGGUUUUAAGCUAAACAAAUGUAAUUAGCCAAAGACUAAGAAAAGAACCAAAUCUUGAUCUUGCUUGGUUUGGCCUCAGCUCGAGUUCUGUUGAUACGAGUAAUGACUACAUAUUGUUUGUACAUUCUCUAUUGUGUGAGUUAGGAAAUGGUUGUUACUCCCAAACAUUGGGUAACGUUCUUGCAUGCUUUGCCAUAUCCCAUCUUCGUAUAAAGAAUUUUUUGCUAGUGCUGUUAAACACUAAUGAAGAGAGUUUGUUGAUUCAACACUAAUGGUGGAUUUAA